CAACAAAAUUUUGACAUUUCUGUUUGGUUAGGCACGAUUGAAAGUCGAGAAAACGAUAUAAAAAUUAUAAUUUCAGCCGGUUUUCAUCUACAAAGAAUUGUCUUAAUGAUACAUCACUAACAGAAAAAAAUUAAUAUGGAACCACAACAGUUAAAUAUGUUUAUAACGCACGUGGACAAGGAAGGUCCCUUUCUAAAAGUGUGGGGGCAAACGGACAAAAACAAUGCACUUUAUAUAGAACGUUUUCUUAUUGGUGCCUCGCAGCAAUUUGAGCAAGGCAUCGGCAAAAUACCGUUCGAAAAUUUACAGGUCAACACUUUGGUAUGUGCGAAAUAUAAAGACAACAAGUAUUACAGAGCCAGAAUAGUUAGUAUUGACUACUUAAAUGAUUGCUUCGUUGAAGUCAGCUUCGUAGAUUUUGGUAACAAGGAUAUAGUUCCCAGUGACAACAUCAGAAGUCUGCAGAACUUUCCCACAUCUUUUAUUUCUAUUCCACCACAAGCAACAGGUUUUAUUUUUGGAGAAGCACACUGUCCAGGUGGUGGCGAAUGGAAAGACCAUUUAUUCGAGGUAAUUUCCAAAGAUCUUAGUUAUAGAGAUGUGCAGUGCCAGUUGAUCACUCAAGCUACCCAAUAUUAUUUAGUUAAACUCUUUAUUGGAAAUUCUGACAUAGGUUCCCUUUUGAUAAGUAGAGGUCUGUUACAGCCAAUUCCUUUGCAUGCUCAGCAGGCUGUAUUGUUAAGCAUGAGUUUGCAACAGACUACUGCUACAAUAUCGACUCCAGCUCCAACAGAAAUAAACAGUUAUAAAGCUUCAACACUCGAACCGAAGAAGGAAUAUGCAGUAUAUGUAUCCUUUGUCAAUGAAGGCCCUACAUUGUUUUCUGUACAGUUACAACAGUCCGAGGAUAAUUUGGCGAAAUUAAUGAAAGAAAUUAACAUGAUAAAUUUGAGGAUGUUAGAAGAUCUGCCACUUCCUGGAACCAUUUGUUUAGCCAGAUGCAUGGAAGAUGGAAAUGUUUGUCGAGCUGUGGUUACCAAUGAAGUUGAUAACCUAUUUAAAGUGUUUUAUGUAGAUUUUGGUAACUAUGAAACACUACCUUUGGAAGCACUAUAUCAAAUACCUUUUAAGUAUGUCCUCCCAAAAGUAAUGGCUAUACGACUCAGUUUAAACGGAGUUGAAAAAUCAACUGUCACGAUGGAGAUGCUAUUAGCCUUUAAAAAAUUUGUUGAUAACAGAUUGCUCCAUAUGAUGGUUCUUCCUUCCACAAAGAAAACAACCAUACCCAAGUGUGACUUAUGGGAUCCGCAGACUAAAACCAGUGCUUUGGAUGUCAUUAAUCGAGCUGCACUGCAUGCCUACCCUGAGCCACUUUUGUUGAAUAGGGGAUUUACACAGUUAGUGAAAGUUAGUUAUGUAUUUAGUUGUAACAGAUUCUAUGUUCAGCUAGUUGCCAAGGAACAAGAAUUGGCUAAAGUGAUGGAAGAUUUACAACUAUCCUGUCAAAAUAAUGAUAACAUAGAUCUGAAAGAUGUAAAGCUAGGUCUGCCUUGUUGUGCAUUGUUCCAAGCAGACCAGCUCUGGUAUCGAAGUGAAAUUGUCGAUAUUGUCGACAGGGAAAACGUGAAAGUACGGUAUAUUGAUUAUGGAAACGAAGAAAUAGUACCAGUGAUUCUGCUUAAGAUGGUUGAAGGUGAAUUGCUAACUGUGCUUAGACCACAAGCAAUCGAGUGCUGUCUUACCGGCUAUCAAAACAUGGGCGCCGACGAAACUAGAGACAACCUAUUGGAAGAACUAAUCUUGGAGCAGUCGUUCACGAUGAGAGUGAGCGAAAUGUUGGGCAAGAAGGCACUGGUGGAGCUCAUCAAUCCGGCGAACUAUAACGUGGCCUCUCUGCUCUUGGAAAAAAUCGCUUCGGCCAAGAGUCAAGUGAGCCCCAUUUUGUUACAGGCGGGCAACAAAUUCGAACAUAGAAAAGGCGAUGCGGGAGAUAAUUUUAGAGAGCAGAGAAGACCGGCUAGAGAGGAUAAAGAUUGGAAGAACAGAAACGACCGAUCCGAGAGUAGAAAUUCUGAUAAAUCAACUGAAAGACCUUGGAGAUCUGAGAAUAAUUUUCGACAGACUGAAUCAAACGAAGAUUCACCCGAGCAAGGAUCUUGGAGACAAAACAAAGGUUUUAGGAAUAACGAACGAAACGACCGAGGAGGAAAUCGACCUGAUUUUCAGAGGAAAACGAACAUUAACGAUAGGUUUAGUAAAAGCCGAAACGAUAAUAAUAAAAACAACAAUUGGAACAAUAAAGAGCCUCGGACAGAUGAUUGGGAGAGCCCACAUCAGGACAAUGGGGAUAAUGCGGUCUCCACCGAUCCCUGGGACGCUCCAGCUCCAACAUCCAACAACUUUGAAGAGAGGAGGCCUAGAGAGAACAAAUUCGGUCAAAAUAAACGAAGAUUUGACCAAGACAGAGGCGACCGUGGCGAUAGAGGAGACAGAGGUGAACGUGGUGAUAGGGGUGAUAGAAGCAAUAAUUGGAACUCCAACAGAGACGGGUUUAAAAGAGAUGGCGGCUUCAAAAAGGAUUUCAGAAAGUUUCAGUCAAACAAAUUUAAAAGGGAUGGAAGUGAAAUGAGUUCUAGCGGUUCUGAGAAAAGCUUCAAGAAAGGCCUAAGAACGAGUUCAAGAAACGACCAUGGAGGCGGUAAAUUUUACAACAGAUCAAAUAAUUCGUUCGCCAACACCACAAUGGGCGAUGAUACGUGGAGCGUGAGUGACGUCAGCACACCUAUAGACGCGGCUCCAUCAACAGCCACGUUUCAGAAAAUCAACAUGGUCGGUUCAGAGGCAGGAGUGAUGAUUACUUGGUUCCACAAUCCCAGUCACUUUUAUUGUCAACUGCAAACAUCAGAGAGUGAAUUCAAGACACUAAUGGAGGAAAUCCAGCAAGCUUACAAAAAUCGUAAGCCCGAGGCUUGUCCAGUUGGUGCUCCAAUUGUAGGUCUAUUUCCCGAAGAUAACGUUUUGUACCGAGCCCAAGUUUUAGAAGUCUUUGGUGCGGAAUAUAAGGUAUUCUAUGUCGAUUUUGGAAACGUAUCAACUAUAACGAAAGUAUGGCCUAUAGAGAAAAAGUUCAUGAAUUUACCCGCUCAAGCAAUAUGUUGCGGCCUUAACGGCAUUGCCCCUGCCGGCGAAAACUGGCCAGAUUGUACAGUGUUUGGUGACUAUUUCAAGAAAGAGAGUUAUACCGCUAGAUUUUUAAAACCUGAUGAUAUCAGGACUUACAUUGAACUAUGGGACGGCGACCAAGAAAUCACCAAUUUGCUACUAAAAAACAAUCUAGUAGUUUCAUCCGAACCACAAGCAGAAGUCGACGUUGCCCUUCUACUUAACCAGCAAUUGAGGGUCAUGUUAAAGAGUGUGAACAAUUUGAGUGACAUUAUUGUAGCACUCGAGUGUGGUUUAGCCCUCAAUUGCAAAGCUCACAACCUUGAUGAAGCCACUGAGACUUUCGAAAGUGUAUUGAAGGACUGUAUAGAGACCAUAUUGAUCAUAUAUGUUGAUAAUAUUUUGGAGAACAACGUUUUGGAUGUUACUUUCUAUGAUAACACCGGAAAUAAAUUAGUUAUUCUAAACCCUGACGAUGGGGCUUUAGACAUGGUUGAACCUUUGUGUCCUCUACUUAUUCUGAGUACCCAUAUUUACGGAUAUGUGUCACAUGCAGACGAAACCUCAGUUUACAUACAACCCAACAUCUAUGCUGAUCAAAUUUCAGUUCUCUUAGAAAGCUUAUUCAACGCCUAUGACAGUUCUACUCAACAAUCUAGCAUUAUUCCUGAAGAAGGUUUAAUAUACGCCGUACAUAGCUCUGACGGUAAUUGGUAUAGAGCCAGAGUUCUCAGUUUUGAUGAUGAAAAAGCAACCGUUAUUUAUUUGGAUUAUGGAAACACCGAGGACGUGACCUUUGACAAUUUGAGAGAAUUAAAUAGCGAAUUUAAUGUUCCCAGCAUAAUGUGUAUUCAGAUUAAGGUUACAUCUGGACAGCCAUCAGACUUCCUAGAAAAGGACGUCAUGGCUGAGAUUUAUUAUGGCGAAGAAGGCUGGGAAGGUACAGUUGAGGCUAGCUUAGUCAAUGAGGCAGAACAACCAGUUGAAGCAGUCGAAGAAAAUACACUAGUUCACGAACAAGAAAAUAAUGAGGUUUUUGUAGCUGAAAACAUUACUGAACCCAAAGAUGCAGCUGAAGAUACCAAUGUCAAUCAACCCGGUACUCCUGUCCUGAUAAGCCAUAUUGAUAGUCCAACAGACUUCUACGUACAGUUCACACAAACAGUUGAUACAUUGAACGAAUUACAGCAGAAUUUACAAGAUACUAUUGAUGAAAUGCCUGUAUUGGAAAAUGUAUCAGUUGGUAUCUUAUGUGCUGCCCCAUUCAGUCUUGACCAUCAGUGGUAUAGGGCAGAAGUGUUGGAUGCUGACGACGAUAUAACCACAGUUCGUUUCGUCGAUUACGGAAAUACCGAUGUUAUUAACAAUAAAACCACCCAGCUGAAAACUUUGCCGCCCAAUCUGUUGUCUCUAGCAGUCUACGCUACCCGUUGCAGCCUGAAACUGAAAUCCGUCGACGAAGAAUGGAGUCAAACUGCGUUGGAACUAUUCG